AUGGAAGCUGUGACGAUGGCAUCCCCGUUACCGACGUCUGAAUCAGAGGUAUCGGCGGAGCCGGCCGCCCUUGUAUGGUGCUACGAGGGGUGUAUGAAGUCGGAGCAGCAGAACAAGCGGGCAGAAUUGCAGAGCAUUGCGUGCAGCUGCGGCUGCCGAUGCUUGUUCUACAAAAAGGCCAUUGGCUUCCUGAGGUGGAUGGAGCGCAAGACGCGUGGAGCCAUCAUUCUCAUUGUGGACUGGCGUGAGGUGAAGCCCAUCGCCGACGGACUCUCCCCUCUGCAGCUGCAG